AUGCCGAGUCCACCGGUAGAGUGGCAGGACUCAGGGUCCAAACGGGUCACGUUCAGCGAUGCAGCGCCAGCGGUCGCGCCGGCGUCGCCGCAGCAGCCCGCGCACGAUGAGGAGGAGGGCGCGGCCAAUGGGCUAGAUGGUGGCUCGGACUGGGAACAGCAGCACCUGCAGCACCAGCAGCAGCAGCAGGCUGACGACCCGGGCAGCAGCAGCCGCGGUUGGUACGCGCGGUUCAAGGCGGCGGUCAAGGCGCUCAAGCACGAGGUGCUCGCGAUCUACUAUGCCAUCCACGACCCGCGCACCCCCUUCACGGCCAAGCUGCUGCCGUGGAUCGCGCUCGCAUACGCGCUCAGCCCGCUGGACCUCAUCCCCGACUUCAUCCCUGUCUUGGGCUUCCUGGACGACAUGCUGCUGCUGCCCGGCCUGCUGUGGCUCGCGGUGAAGCUCAUACCCCCAGAGAUCAUGGCUGACGCGCGCCAGCGCGCGCACGUCGAGCCGCUGCGCCUGCACCGCAACUGGGGCGUCGCCACCCUGAUAUUCGUCCUGUGGACGGCCCUGGCCAUGCUGCUGGCGCACCUGGGGUUCCAGCGCUGGGCGGACGCCGAGGCGCGGCCCUACGAAUGGGCGGUGCUGGCGGGCACCGGCGGCGCGUGCGCGAUCGCGUUUGUCACGUGGAUGGUGUCGGUGCUGCAGCAUGAGGCGCGGGAGCGCGACGAGUGGAGCGAGGUGCUCAACGCGCCGCUCAACCCGCCAGACAGCAGCGACAGCGAGUGA